AUGGCUAAACCAGUCUCACUGUCUCUUCUCUUCCUUCGCCCCACUACACUCUCCCGCCUUCUCCCUCACCCCCACCCAACUCUCACCCGCGCCAGAACCCGCCCCCUCCUCUCUCUCCCAUGCCGCCCCAAUACGCCGUCGUUUUCAACCACCUCCACUCCAUUCCCUCUCCAGUACGACCUCAUCAUCAACCGCCCCACCCAGUCCUCCCUCGACCGCCUUCCCGCCCGCGCCGCCAAUCCCGAUAAAAACAACUCCUCCAUUUCCGACUCCGAUUCUUCGCCGGAGAAGCCCAACGAAUUAGGCUUCGACAACUGGCUGGACCAGAAGCUCAGCGACGAUCCGAUGGAGAAGUCGAAGAGGAAGUACUACAACAAGAGGAGGAAGCGGAUGUACGGCGGCGAUUCGGAGGAGGAGGAGGAGAAGCGGCGGGAGGAGGAGAGGCUGGUGGAGCUGAAGCCGGAGGUGGUGGAGUUCAACACUUUGCAUAAGAGAGAGGAGGAGCUUUACUUCUACGACACGUUUGCGUAUCCGUGGGAGAAGGACAAGCAUUACAAGAUGGUGUACCGGCUCGAGAAGAAGUACUAUCCUGAUCAGUGUCUAGAUAAGGCCUUUCUCGAACCCGGCGAAAAGAAUCCACCUAAUAAGAAGAAGAUAGAGCAUGAUGAUAAAGGAAUGGUGUUCUUUGAGGAGGGGAAGGUGAGAGAACCGGUUGCGGCGAAAGAUGUUAAGGAGAAGAAGGUGGAGGAGUUUUUCAAGUGUUUGAAGAAAGGCCCCAGUGAAGAGGAGGGGGAGCCGUAUUUGCUGACGAGGAGUAGUGAGCUGCCUCCCAGGUGGGACGGGCCGUAUGGGACUGUGGUUUUGGUGAACAAACCGAAAGGAUGGACAUCUUUUACAGUUUGUGGGAAGCUGCGGCGCCUGGUCAAAGUGAAGAAGGUAGGGCAUGCCGGAACGCUUGAUCCGAUGGCAACUGGAUUGUUAAUUGUAUGUGUUGGUAAAGCUACUAAGGUUGUGGACAGCUAUCAGGGUAUGACCAAGGGUUACAGUGGAGUUUUCCGUUUGGGGGAGGCUACUUCGACUUGGGAUGCUGAUUCACCGGUCAUUCAGCGCGAGCCAUGGGAGCAUAUCAAAGAUGAAGAUAUAAAGAAAGCUGCUGCAUCCUUUUGUGGAGAGAUAUGGCAAGUACCUCCAAUGUUUUCUGCCAUCAAAGUUGGAGGUGAAAAGAUGUAUGAGAAGGCAAGGAGAGGAGAAAGCAUUGAGCUCUCACCCAGACGGAUAUCAAUAUAUCAGUUUGAUAUUGAGCGCAGCUUAGAUGACAGACAAAACUUGAUUUUCCGGGUUACUUGCUCUAAAGGGACAUAUAUUAGAUCUCUAUGUGCCGAUUUGGGGAAAGCUCUCGGCAGUUGUGCUCAUUUAACUGCUCUUCGAAGAGAUUCAAUUGGGGAAUAUUCUGCAGAUAAUGCAUGGGACUUCAAAGAGCUGGAGGAUGCAAUUACCAAAACGUAUUUCUAGCUUAGCUAUUUCAUUCCGAUUCUUUGUCUUAAAAGUUCUGAAGCUUUACAAGGAGGACAGUUUAGAAGAUCUAACAAUUUUUUCAAAGCUCAAAUUCAUUGAAAUAUACUAGUGUUGAUUGUAUGAGUCAU